AUGCUUCGCGUUCUAUUUUCUUUGCUCUUGGUUACUAGUUUAGUUUUUUCCACUAGAAAAGUACUAAAAGUACCUCUGUAUGUCAGGAAAAAGUUCAAUGGAAGUGAGCUCUUCUUCGGUAGAAAUUCAUCUAAAGGGAGCCCAUUUAAUCUGGCUCUGCAGACCCGCGAUAAUGUGGAAUAUUACGGAACCAUUUCCAUGGGGACUCCAAGGCAAAACUUCAGUGUGCUUUUUGACACAGGAUCAUCCAACACAUGGUUACCCUCUGUCAACUGUCCAUACAGUAAUUUAGCUUGUCAGAGUCACCGGAGAUAUAACUCGUCUGGAUCUAGUAGCUAUGUUCCUGAUGGACGUAACUUUACCCUGCGAUAUGGAUCAGGAAAAGUACUUGGUUAUCUAUCACAGGACACACUGCACUUUGCUGGAGUAGACCUACCCGACCUCAUCUUCGGCGAAAGCCUAUUCCUUCAACAAUUUGCCUUCAAUUCAGUGAUAUUUGAUGGACUUGUGGGUUUAGGGCUGGGUAGCUUAGCUUGGCCUAAGACCACACCAUUUUUGGAACUCCUUUGCGGUAAACGCUUAAUUGAGGAAUGCAUAUUCUCCGUUUAUCUCAGUCGACAUCCAAAAGAUAUCCCUGGCGGUGAGAUACUCUUCGGUGGCUAUGACAAAACCAAAUUUGAAGGAAAACUGCAUUAUGUGCCGAUCAGCCAAAUGAAUACUUGGAAGAUUGAAAUAACCAAAACUUCUGUGGGAACUAAACAAAUUGGAGCACAGAGUAGUGCUAUAUUGGACACGGGCACAUCGCUGGUCCUCAUGCCCCAAGAAACUUAUGAUAAUCUGGUUAAAACCUUGUCGGUUGAACUGAAAAGUGGCUAUUAUGUGAUGCCUUGUACGAUUAGAACUCUGCCUGAUAUCAAUAUUCUAAUCGGUGGCAAGGUAUUUCCCCUGACACCAAGCGAUUAUCUCAUUGAGUUGACAUUGGAUCUUAAAAAGGUCUGUGUGCUGGGCAUUGCUCCCAUUAGAAGACGCUUUUGGGUUCUGGGCGAUAUCUUUCUGGGUAGGUAUUAUACGGUUUAUGAUGCCACAGCUAAGAGAAUUGGAUUGGCUACACGGCAAAGCGAAGUCGUCAGUAAAUAAAUAAAUACAGUGACCUAAUUUUGAAUUUGAUAUUGGUUAACUUCUAUGCAGGAGAAAGUUAAUAAAAGUUGA